AAAGGCUCUGUGCUGACCACAGCAGGCACUCAUAUGGGUCAAGAAGAAGAAUCUUCAGAAGUAGUACAGCUCUGAGAAGAGUCAACGCUAAGAUUUUAAAAUUAUUUCUAAUUAUUUGUACUUUUUUUCUUUUGAUAGGACAAACAAGAUCAAUGAUUUUCUUUUGCUGCCAGAUUUUGGCCCAACCACUGUCCUUUUUUGUUUUCCUGAUCAAAAGAGGAAGCAAACAAUUCUCCCCCAUGCACUAUUGCACUUUAAUGCUCAGGUAUCACUCCUGAGUAAGAAGCAGCCUGCAACAAGCUCUCGGUGGGACUUUGGAAAGAAAAGUUUCCAGCAACAGCAAAAUUUAUUUCAUCUUGUGCCAAAGGAGGAAAAAUAUCCUGCAAAGAACUAAAAGGAUGACAAUGCUAAAUUAUGUAUAAAGAUAUUGCCACUUGGAAAAGAAAAGAAAAAUAAAGAGGAGAGAAGAAGCCACCAAGAGGAGCAGCAUGGGGAACUUUUGCCGGAAGCAUUGCAUUUGUAUGCAGAGGUGUGCCCCUUGGCUCUUCCAAGAGAGUGAUGAUGGAGGAGAGGGGGAGAAAUAUAAGACAGGCCAUGUUAAUCGUGGCUUGUGGGGAAAUGAUUGCCAGAUAGACAAUACUGCCCAGGCAGGUGUGGAUGCUGGAAUUCCUUUGCCUCCACCGCGUGAUCAGAAGCCCACAAACCGUCACAACUUUGUGGCACUGUUUGAUUAUCAGGCCCGCACUAUAGAUGAUUUGAGCUUCCGAACUGGAGAUAAACUCGAGGUGUUGGAUACAUCUCCAGAGGGCUGGUGGUACGCUACUCUCCUCCUGGACAGUGGGUCAACCCAGCCUGGCCAGACGCUCAGCGGCUACAUCCCCGCCAACUACGUAGCUCCUGUUCAGAGCAUUGAGGCUGAGCCAUGGUUUUUUGGCCCAAUCACACGAGCGGAUACAGAGAAACAACUGUUGUGCCCUGGAAAUCAGGCAGGAGCCUUCCUAAUCCGAGAAAGCGAAAGUCAAAAAGGCGAAUUCUCUCUCUCAGUCUUUGAUGGAGCAGUUGUGAAACACUACAGGAUCCGAAAGGAUGAAGAGGGCUUUUUUCUUAGCAGAAAGAAAACUUUUAAAACAUUGAAUGCUUUUGUUGACUACUACACCAAUAACAGUGAUGGCCUCUGUGUUAAGCUCAGCAAGCCCUGUAUAAAGAAAAAAGUUCCUACUCCUUUCGAUUUGUCAUACAAUACUGCAGAUAAAUGGGAGAUCGACCGAAAUUCUCUGCAACUGUUGAAAAAAUUAGGUUCUGGUCAAUUUGGUGAGGUGUGGGAAGGACUAUGGAAUAAUACCACACCAGUGGCAAUCAAAACAUUGAAACCAGGUUCAAUGGAUCCAAAAGACUUCCUUAGGGAAGCACAAAUCAUGAAGAACCUCAGACAUGCAAAGCUUAUACAGCUCUAUGCAGUUUGCACUUUAGAGGAUCCAAUUUAUAUUAUUACAGAGUUGAUGAGACAUGGAAGUCUGCUAGAAUACCUCCAAAAUGAUGCAGGCUCACAACUCCAUCUGCCUGAACAAAUAGACAUGGCAGCUCAGGUUGCCUCAGGAAUGGCUUACCUGGAAUCCCAAAACUACAUUCACCGGGAUUUGGCAGCCAGGAAUGUUCUUGUUGGCGAGCACAAUGUUUACAAAGUAGCAGAUUUUGGCCUUGCAAGAGUUUUUAAGUUAGAAAAUGAAAAUGUAUAUGAAGCUAAACAUGAAACAAAACUUCCUGUGAAGUGGACAGCCCCUGAAGCGAUCCGCUCCAAUAAAUUCAGCAUUAAGUCUGAUGUGUGGUCAUUUGGAAUACUUCUCUUUGAAAUAAUCACCUAUGGGAAGAUGCCUUAUUCUGGUCUGAUGGGCUACCAAGUAAUCCAGAAGCUGGAUAAAGGAUACAGAAUCCCUAAACCAGAUAAUUGCCCAAAUAAACUCUAUGAGAUUAUGCUGAAAUGCUGGAAUGCAGAGCCCAAAGACCGGCCCACUUUUGAAACACUGCAGUGGGAACUAGAAGAUUAUGAUAUGGACUCUACAUGCUAUACUGAUGCAAAUGCUUUUGUGAAAUGAACCUUGUGGCAGAAGCCAAAGAAAAUCAAAUGAUCAGUUAAAAGAGUAUGAACUGUGAGAUCAAUUUAACCUCAAAAUAUGAGGGAGAAGAGAUUUAAAUUAUUAGAUGAAACUAAAGAAUAUUUUUUUACAUUUUCAAGGCUAUGGCGAUGUCAAGGCCAGGACACUCCAGAUUCUGCCAGCCAUUGUCUUGCAAGAUUAAGAAAAUUGAAAGGAGGGGGCUUGUUUGUUUGUAUUUGUUUGCUUGUAAAAUAAGCUCUCUUCUAUUUAUUAUUUAAAUAAUAGAUCAAAAGAAAGAAAAAGAAUGAAUAACAUAAUAUAGUUGCAAUUCACUGUUUACCUACUAUAAUAUUUAUUUGUUAUUCCUUAGAUUGCUGAGGCCUAUCCUCUUGUUACUAUGAAGGAACCUGAUUACUUUGUUGCACAGCAGGACCUGUGCUUUGAGACAUUUAUUUUUAAAAAUAUCCUGGGAUUACUAUCAUGCUGGGACAGCCAUAUUAAAUGUCUUGAUUGUACAUGGAGUGCACAUGCCUUUGCUAAAGAGGAAAAUUAAACAGAUAUUGGGAAAAGAAUUAAAAUAGCAGCAAAACAUGAUUUUUUUGCUUUAUAUAUGGGCAGUGUCCGGCUUAUGAAAUAAGCACAAUUAACAUUAGUUGACUCAUGUUAAAAUCAGAUAGUGUUAUAAAGUUGAUGAUUUUUUAUUAUCCACUGAAGGGGAUAGGGACAUUAUAUAAUCCCUAAAUUUUCAGAAUCAUGGAGCUGAAAAGAUCUGUUUUAAAUGAAAUCAACAUGGCCUUAAUCUUUUGGAAAGAUUCUGCAAAAUUCCAACCUCAGCUGACAUGAUUUAUAGCACUGUGCCUCAGAUCGCACACAGACUUUUGAAAAGAGUCAGCAAAAUGAUUAUUUCCCCCUUUUCUCUCUCUCUCAAAAAUAUUAGAUGUAUUUUAUUUGGCACAGGAUGACAUUAGGGCCAACUCCCUCUGCUAAAGGAGGAGUAGCAUGCUGCUGAUUAAUAUGGGGGCCUGAACAUUUUUAGCAACAUUUAAAACAUUUUUUCUAAUUCUAGGUAAAUUAGCCAGGCAUAUAGCUUCUGCCUAAUCCCUAGACCUUGAAGGCUUUUGUGUGCAGCAUAAUUGUGAACUAUAUUUUUCCUCCAUUUCCAAUUAUUGAAUUAUAGAAUCCAUUGUAGUCUGUAAUAUUAACACAACAUAUACUAAGGGCUCAAAAUAAGUGUAACUACUUUCUCCCAAUAUCAGAGAUAUCUGGAGUCUGCCAGGAAAAUCCUAAAAUAGCUAUAAAUAAAUGAAAAGAUUCACUAA